CGAAUAUACAAGUGUGCGAUUUAGCAUCGUUCAGCCAGUCACCGUUCGGACAACACACGGACGACAUUUGCGUCGCGCGCAGCCAUUUAAUUUUCCCGCGUCAAAAUUUAAAAACCACGCGGAUUCUUUUUCCAAACGCAAGUUCAUUACCAGCCAGUUAUUUUACGGUGUUCGAAUAUGCCUAAGAAAAAAUAAAUAAUUAAAAAAUUGUCGUUCGAUUGUUUGUAUUAAAACUUUUUGGAACAUGUGCUAAACCGCUGCAUGCUGACGACGCGUGAAAAAUCUGUGAUAGUAUUUUGCUGUGAAACUUUGAAAACCUGUGUGUCUAUUGACAUUAAAGUUUAUUGAUUGGGUUUCGUGAAAUCUAAUUUCGCGAGACGUUCACAACUGUUCUUUAUGAUAGGUCCAUAUAUGAAGUGUCAACAUUUCUACCCCAAACAUUAUGAUUUACAAAUGGAUAUUAUGAUAAGAGUGAAGUGUUGUCAAGAAACUAAAAAUCCAAAGUGACGAAGUGCCCUGUAGGUGUCUGUAGUGCUACGUUCCGUCUCGCCUUACCUUUAGUGUUUCCAAGAUGUCUGACAAGACCUCGUCGUCGGUUGGUCCUAGAAGUUUUGAGACGAUAUCGGAGGAGGAUCUAGCGUCGCCGUGGGACGAACUGUUGGGAAAUUCGAAAUCUCCUGUUCCUACUAUAAUUAAAACGAAUGCUUCGAGCUCGACGAUUUGCAAAGAGGAGGUGUCGUCUCACCCGCGUGUGUUGGACGUGGAGGCGAACAAGUUGACGCGGUCGAAGAGUUUGAACCAGCGGAGGAACAGCAGCGGGCUUCUCAACUCCAUCCCGCGGCAGCUGAGGCUCUCCCUCCGGGGCGUCCGCAGCGAGCCUUCCAGCGUGAAGGACGUGCCAACGACCAGGAAUGACAGCUCUCUCAACCUUCUCCUUAGAUACCGUCAAGCCAGAUACGCAGCCAGACGCGUGAAGAAGCGCGUCAUCUUCAAGCACGGAGACUGUAACGUUGUCCAAUGGAACGUGGCAAAGCGCAGGCGCCGAUACCUGCAGGACAUCUUCACGACCCUCGUGGACGCUCAGUGGCGCUGGACGCUGCUGGUGUUCGCUCUCUCUUUCAUCCUCUCCUGGCUCAUGUUCGCCCUGAUCUGGUGGCUCAUCAUCUUUACCCACGGCGACCUCACCCCACCACCCCCCGACCAAAACAUCACCUUCAUCCCUUGCCUCAACAAUGUCAACUCCUUCACCGGUUGCUUCCUCUUCUCCGUCGAAACGCAACACACCAUUGGCUACGGCUCAAGAACCACCAACGAGGAAUGCCCUGAAGCCAUAUUCGUAAUGUGCAUUCAGAGCAUCGUCGGAGUCUUCAUCCAAGCUUUCAUGGUGGGUCUAAUAUUUGCGAAGCUGGCCCGAGCCAAAAAGCGUAACACCACGCUCCUGUUCUCCAGGAACGCGGUGAUAUGUUUGCGGGAUGGGGAAUUUUGCCUUCUCUUCCGGGUCGGUGACAUUCGCAAGUCGCAUAUCCUUGAGGCUCACGUGCGUGCCCAGAUUAUUCGGAAAAAGAUUACCAGGGAGGGUGAGGUCCUGCCGUUCUACCAACAGGAGCUGAAGGUCGGCGCCGACGGCGAGGAAGACCGGCUCAUGUUCAUCUGGCCCAUGACCAUCGUGCAUAAGAUCAACGAGAAGUCCCCGCUGUACAACCUGUCUGCAUCUGAUAUGCUGAGGGAGAGAUUUGAAAUCGUCGUUAUGUUGGAGGGUGUGAUCGAGUCGACAGGCAUGACAACUCAGGCUCGUAGCAGCUUUUUGCCUUCUGAAAUCCUAUGGGGUCAUCGUUUUGAGACCAUGGUCACCUUCAGGAAGGACACCGGGGAGUAUGAGGUGGACUAUACGAAAUUCAACAACACGUAUGAAGUAGACACGCCUUUAUGCUCUGCCAAGCAGUUAGAUGAACUCCGAGCGACUGUCUCCACCUCUCAGAAAUUAGACAAAAUCCUAGGCACCAUACCAAAGACCUUCUCCAACGAGACACUAGACCUUAGCUCUGUCGACUCCAUGUCCCUCGAUGAGCACAUCGAGAUCAAUAUCCCAGAAGCGCGGGCCAGAGAGAACAGACUCAUGGCUCAGACCAACUUCAUACAGCACGUCAACGAGAAAGCCAGGAACUCCAGUCAUACGCAUCUAGCAGUUGAGAACGGUGCAGAGGUUCCUAGGAACCACGUGGAAAACAAAGAUCCGAAAGAAAACCAUAGCCAUAUGCAUAGGAGCCAUAGCCAUGCGAGCAUGAAGAGAGUGCAUGGACUCACACCGAAUGGCAUCGGCCAUGCAGGUCACCAUGAAAAAACAGAUGAGCAUAGUAAAAUAAGAAAGAACUUUUUAAAGAGGUUCGCGAUUCCGCUACUGAGUGAAGGGUCAAAAAAACUCCCGCGAUUUGCUUCAUUCCAACGUUUGGCUAUCUGGAGGCAAAAAGCUAAUGAUCCCCUAGUGCAAAUUUCAUAGGAGAGAAGCCAGUGAUUCCUAUCCUAGUGACGUCACCGGAGCCGGAGCCCGCGUGACGUAUCCUUCACAAAGACAGCCCGCCGGCCGUCGCGCGGCGCAAGCCAACCAAUCGCGUGACGUUCUUCGACGAAUCCACCAAUAGCGUGAGAUCUUUAGACAAUUUAACGAAUCGCGUGAGUUUUAUCGACGCGUUGACCAAUCGCGUGAGGUUUGUCAACGCUCUGACCAAUGAGUCACACCAACAGGUUAGGAUUUAAUUAGAAUUUACAUCAAUGAAACUUCUAGAGUUCUCAUCAACUUUUAAUAGAAUUGUUAUGGUUACGACGUCACUGCGUGUAUUUACCCAAUAUUUCCCAAUUUGAAUACGUAAUUUUUUA